AUGGCGUUUGAAAAUGUGGUGCCGACCGAGAUACUCUUUAAAAGCAAGCUACAUGCCUCUAAGUAUGCGGCCAUCUUUCUCAUCGUGGUUCGUGGACACAAAUGCGUCAUGAAAGUGCAUCAUGGAAGGGGACCCAGACGCUAUUAUGAACCUGAAGGCCGUGAACUUGACAUUCACGUCCUCGAAUGCUCCGCCUACCGCCGCCUGAAAGAGCACGGAUUAUGCGAUAGCGGACUUGUGCCAAACUUUCUGGGAUCCCUGCGGAAGUUUGAUCCGCACCUUUGCCAACCUCACUUAAAUUCAUUUCUCUAUGAUGAGCAUCUCCCGAGCGCUAUCUUUCUCGAUUAUAUUCCAGAUCUGGAGAUGAUCAACAUCCACAACUGCACGGAAAAACGCCUAAAUAACCUGAUCACUGGCGUCCAAGAGAUACAUCGUGCUCUGGUGAGACACAGGGACCCGAAGCCAAGGAACAUGAUGGUAGUUAGAAAUAAUCCUGAAAGAGUCGUUUGGAUAGAUUUUGACAGAGCGGAGACAUAUGACGAAGGGGAAAUCUCUGACGAUGAAAGGCGGUCACUACGCGAGGAAGAAGAAAUUGUCGUCGGAUUUGCUGAAUGCCUGCCGGUGACUCCCGAUCUCGUGGAAACCUGGACCCCUUGCUGCGAGGUCAUGAACUGUUACGGACCAACAGAAGCAUCAAUCCUCGCGACGGCUGGCUAUUUCAAGUACGGUGGAAACGCUGAGGUGAUCGGUCAUCCUCUCAAGAAUUGCAACUCCAUGAUUCUGGAGCCGGAUAGCCUCAAGCUCGCACCGUACGGAGCAGUUGGGGAGCUCUGUCUCAGUGGUCCCCAACUCGCACGUGGCUACUUGAACCGGCCAGAGACGACUGAGAAGGCUUUCGUCAUGCGAGGGUCAGAAAGUGUCUAUCGAACCGGUGACCUCGCCCGCUGGCUCCCGGACAGACGCGUUGAGUGCUUUGGACGGAAGGACAAUCAGGUCAAAGUCAACGGGCAUCGCAUCGAGCUCGGUGAAAUUGAGAGUGCCAUUCUGAAGACCAACAAAGUCCAGCAUGCCAUCGCCAGCGUGAUCGAGAUACAAAAAAAGGCGCAGCUGGUGGCCUUCUGCGUAGUUGAUCUGGAAAAUGCCAACGGAAUCCUACCCGCGGAGGAAUACUUCAAGACGCUCACCACCGUGAGCAUCAGCCUGACGUCUUUACCCCCAUACAUGGUGCCAACUAUCUGGAUUCCCAUCGGCACACUGCCUCUUCUUCCGUCUGGAAAGACCAAUCGUAAGAAGCUUCUGGAAUGGGUGAAUGCCAUGGAUGGCAACGAAUUGCAACAGUAUUCAAAUGUGGAUGCAGAAGGCGAGUUUGUCAACCCGGUCAUGGAAGAGGAGGUUGUUCUGCAGAGUCUCUGGGCUCUCUUGUUCCACAAGGAACCCAGUGACAUCGGCGUCAUGAGCACGUUCUUUGCGCAUGGCGGUGACUCCAUCUCGGUGAUCAACCUGGUCAGCAAAUGCAAGGCUCAGGGGUAUGUACUCGCGGUCAGCGAUGUGCUUGCUUUUCCUCUGCUGCAGGAGAUGGCCACUCACAUGAGGCCCGUGAACAAAGCUCUGACCAAGAUCAAGAGGUUGUCUGUUGCUGUUUUAGACGACGUUUAUGUGACUCUCGCCAAAGCUGGUAUUCAUGCGUCUGAUAUUGAGACCAUCUACCCGGCGGUCCCUGGAGUAGAGGACUUCCUGGUCUGUGGCGUAAAGGCAGCGUAA